GCAGAAGAAGCUCAGCUCUGUCCCCGGCACUUCCUCUUCCCUUCGCGGCCUCAGAGAUAUCUGAAAAUGGUCCGCUACUCUCUCGACCCCGAGAACCCGACUAAAUCAUGCAAGUCGAGGGGCUCCAACCUCCGGGUUCACUUCAAGAACACUCGUGAGACGGCCCAGGCCAUCAAGGGCAUGCACAUCCGCAAGGCCAACAAGUACCUGAGGGAUGUGAUCGUCAAGCACCAGUGCGUCCCUUUCCGUCGCUACAACGGUGGUGUCGGCAGGUGUGCCCAGGCCAAACAGUUCGGCUGGACCCAGGGGCGCUGGCCCAAGAAGAGCGCCGAGUUCCUGCUGCACAUGCUGAAGAACGCUGAGAGCAACGCUGAACUGAAGGGUCUCGAUGUAGAUUCUCUGGUCAUCGAGCACAUCCAGGUCAACAAGGCCCCCAAGAUGAGGAGACGCACCUACCGCGCCCACGGCCGCAUCAAUCCCUACAUGAGCUCCCCAUGCCACAUCGAGAUGAUCCUGACUGAGAAGGAGCAGAUCGUGCCCAAGCCCGAGGAGGAGGUGGCCCAGAAGAAGAAGGUUUCACAGAAGAAGCUGAAGAAGCAGAAACUGAUGGCGCGGGAGUAAAUACUAAUAAAUGGACAACUUAGCAUCA